CGGAAGCCACGCAUUUUUCGACCCAUAUUUAUAUAAACUUUAUGCCUUAAUUUUAAAAGUUCUAUCGAAUCCUAAAGUUAUGCAACAAUAAACUGAAACACCCUGUAUAAUAAGCAAUAUGCAGCCUCAAUCAACCUGUUCAACUCGCAUUAGCAUUUUUGAUUAACUAAUUUUUAACUAAAGCGAAUGGACAAAAUGCUGCUGAGGUAAAAGUUUUGAGGUCAAAACCAAUUCAUAGCAAUUCUUUGGACGAAAUCCGUGUUCCAGUCCUAACAUUUCCGUGCCAAAAAUUACAAAAUCACUUCAUCUUCAUUCUAUGUUACGUUCUUGGCUAAACAACUCGUCAAUUACAGGUCAUUACACAUGAUUUGACUAACCCUUAGUUUUAGUUAAUUACAUACCUAUACUUUCUUUGACCCUUUAGUGCAUCUUUUUUAGGGCUAACCACUGUGGGUCUUGUGUAUGUGAGUGAAAUCACGCAUCCUAGUAUGAGAGCAAUGUUAUUGAAUACUAACAGUGUAUUUGUUACUCUUGGAAUCCUCUUGACGUGUGUUCUAGGACUAUGGUUCCACUGGAGGACAAUGGCAUUCAUUUAUUUUUGUAUGUCAGCCAUUUCCAGCUUAUUGAUUCUAUUCAUACCAGAGAGUCCUUACUGGACGAUGGUCUUUAAGGACGAUGCCCAGGCCAAUUCAAGGUUCAAACGGGUUUUCAACUGGGGGCAUGGCCUCCCUGGCACCUUCCUAUGGGCGACUAUGAACUUUAACUUUAUAAGUUUCUUCGAAAUGGCAUCAAAGUUCCGCCAAUUUAUUCUAAGAUAAAUAAUGACAAUGAUAUCAGGAGUGUUUGUAACUAAGUAUAAUUCGUGAGGUGUCUGGAGCUUUUGAAAUAUUUAAUUUAUAAACGUUUUUGAAUAUUUCCCAGAACUAAUCUUGUAUGUACAUGCACUGAAAUUAGCGUAGAGCUAAGUAGAUACUCAAUGUUUGAUUUCUUCGGAGUUGUACUAUGUUUGAUCUUUAAAAGGACGUGUUGAUACGUGAUUGUAGGACUAUGGUUCCACUGGAGGACAAUGGCAUUCAUUUAUUUUUGUAUGUCAGCCAUUUCAAGCUUAUUGAUUCUAUUCAUACCAGAGAGUCCUUACUGGACGAUGGUCUUUAAGGACGAUGCCCAGGCCACUGCCAAAUCCUUAAGCUGGGUUUACAAGAACAAUUUGAUAUUCGAGAGUGAAUUCCGUAGGAUACUGAACACAAAAAAUGAGAAUAUACAAUCUACUAAAAAUGACGAAAGAUCAGCUCUCCUACGAAUCAAGAAAAACCUCAGCGUCUACAAAAAUCCCACAGUAUACAAACCGCUAAUAAUACUCAUAAUAAUCUUCUUAAUCCAGCAAUUGUCAGGAGCCUACGUAAUAAUUUUCUACGCUAUAGACAUUUUUAGAGAUAUUGGUGGACAUUUUCAAGACGGAAUGAACGAGUAUGUUGCUCUGGUACUUCUCGGUACUAUAAGGUUCGUGAUGUCAUUGAUCUCCGCAGCCAUUUCUAAACGUGUAGGAAGAAGACCUCUCAUGUUCACUUCAUCCAUAGGAAUGUGUCUCACUAGUCUGAUGGCGGGACUCUAUAUGUACCUAACAAUCAUUCCCCAAAAUGUCUAUCAAGAAUUCAACAUAAAAAAAGACGAAACCACUCAUGAUAACAUCACUUUAUACUGCGUCUUAGGAUACGUUUGCUUUAGUUCUUUAGGAUACCUAGUUAUACCUUGGACACUGAUUGGAGAAUUGCUGCCUGUCAAAGUGAAAGGCAAGCUUGGAGGAAUUCUAGUGUCGAUAGCUUAUGUGAUGAUGUUUGCUGUGGUCAAGGUUUAUCCAUACUUGGUGGAUAUAAUAACUAUACAACAUUUGUUUUUCGUUUUGUCCGUACUGAAUCUGUUCGGAUUUGUAUUUUUGUAUUUCUUCUUGCCAGAAACUCUGGGCAAAACAUUUUCUGAUAUCGAGUCUUAUUUUACGUAAGGUAUUAAUAAAUGAAUAAGAAAA